AUGGAGAAACCAUUAUAUCUUUCAGAUUCAAUGGCGAAUCUAAUUGCAAAUCAUGUAACUACUCUUGAAUUGGACAAGAGUUAUACAAUCUAUAAUUACUUGGCUACUCUUAACAAUCUUACGAAACAAGCAACCAUCUACAAAUCAGAGGGUGAUCUUGAGAAAGCAUAUAUAUAUUUACUAAGAUUUUGUGUGUUUACACUUGAGAAAUUGCCUAUUCACCCAGAUUAUAGUAAUCCAAAGUUUGCUGGUUCGAGAGAGAAGCUAAAGAAAGAUGCUGUCGAUAAACUCUCAGAGUUGGAAUCGAUGAAAGCCAACUUGACUGGAAGAUACAAGAAGCUGCAUCAGCAUCGCUAUAAGGUGGAACAGGAGCGAUUGGCUAGAGAGCGUGAGGAGCGAGAGCGACUCGAGAAGAUACAGAAGGAGCAGGCCGAGAAGGAGGAAGAGGAGCGCAGACUACAGGCAGAGUUGGCCGAGCAGAAACGAUUGGAACAACAGCGAAAGCGUGUCGAAGACCAGAACCAAGAGGAGCGUGAUUUGAUCAAGCGACGUAUCGAGACCGAGAAGAGUCUGCGAAGAAACAGACUGGAGCAACAGGCACUGCUGAUUCGUGCCGAAGCGGAACUGGAGGAGCGACGUCAGCGUGAGACAGAGCGACAACUGCAAGCGCAAUUCGAGCAGCAACAGCAACAACACAAUCCAAUAGUGGAUAUCGUUAGCGAUCCAAAUUCAUUCAUCUAUCAAUCCAAUGAGGUGGAAGUGGAGACACCCGAUACCAAGUCACCAACUCCCAUCAUCCCUCUAAAUACAGAUGAUCUACUUAGUUAUUUGGAGAUCAAUGAAAAAGAAAAGAAUAACAAUAAUACGACAACAUCAACAUCUUCUAAUUUCCUUGUUGAUCCAACUUUUGCAACUCCACCACAACAACAACAACAUGUAAAUUCUUCAACAACAACAACCAUUCCAUCACCAAUACCUUCUGCACCAAUUGCUGUUUCAGCUAAUAAUAAUAAUAAUAAUGGUGUGAAUGACAUGUCACAGUAUGAUAGUAAUCAUAAGUUUGGAUAUUUGUCAAUGGACCAACUGGAGAAACAACAACAACAAUUACAUCAACAAAGACAACCAAUACAAAGUGUAGCAUCACCAUUACAACAACAACAACAACCACAACCAUUACAACAACAACAAGCUGGUCCAUAUCAUCAAUAUACUCAAUAUGCACAAGUUUCACCUGCACCUUUAUCUUUACCUUCACCACAACAACAACAACAACAACAACAACCACCUUAUUCAUUUAAUCAUCAUUUCAAUGCACUACCUCAAUAUCAACCACCUUUUAUCAAUCAAAACAAGAAUCAACCACAACCAACAUAUCUACGUUCACCACAACAACAACUACCAACUCAUCAAAUGCUACCACAACCACCACCACAACAUCAACAUCCACAACAACCACACAGAGUUGGUAAUGCCCUACCAAAUAAUACACAAACAUAUUUGUCCUUGGCACAACAACAAAUGCAACAACAACAACAAAAGAAUAUUGCAGUUCAAAGUACAAAUAUGUCACCAGUUGUUCAAACAGCUACAACAGCAGCGGCAGCAGCAACAUCGUCACCAAAGCCAAAUAUCGAUUCUUCAGAGGCAUCCAAGAAGUAUAGUAAGCUGCGUAAGGUAAUCAUAGGUGCAGAGCUUUUCAAUGAUUUUAUGAAGAUGGCAGAGAAUAACACUCGUCGUCAGAUAGAAACCUGUGGUAUUCUCUCGGGAACGCUGAGCAACGAUGUAUUCAAGGUGACAACGCUCAUCAUUCCAAAACAAGAGGGUACCACCGAUACCUGUAACACUAUAGAGGAACACGAACUCUUUGAAUAUCAACUCGAAAAUGAUCUGCUAACUCUCGGUUGGAUACACACACAUCCCACACAAGAUUGUUUCCUCUCGGCAGUCGAUGUCCACACUCAUUGUUCCUAUCAAUAUCUCUUACAGGAGGCUAUCGCAGUCGUUAUAAGUCCAAUGGCAAAUCCAAACUUUGGAAUAUUUAGAUUGACAGAUCCACCUGGAAUCCAAACAGUUCAAAAAUGUAAAUUAAAAUCAUUCCAUCCACAUCCACCAGUGAAUGGAGUUCCUAUAUAUACAAAAGUGGAUCAUGUUGAGAUCGAUUGGAAGAAGCAAUAUUCUUCAACAGCACAGUAUUAUUAUAAUUUAAUUGCCAUUUAA